AUGAAUGGAUCAGAAAUGAAGGCUGCCAACAAUAACAAGUCAUCAGAUGACAAUAAUAAUGAGUGCAUUGUGCGAGAACAAGACCGGUUUAUGCCGAUAGCAAAUGUGAUCCGAAUCAUGAGAAAGAUCCUCCCGCCUCACGCCAAAAUCUCAGACGACGCCAAAGAAACCAUCCAGGAAUGUGUUUCAGAGUACAUUAGCUUUGUGACAGGUGAAGCUAAUGACCGAUGCCAGCGUGAGCAGAGGAAGACCAUCACUGCUGAAGAUGUUCUCUGGGCUAUGAACAAAUUGGGGUUUGAUGAUUACAUAGAGCCGUUAACUGUGUAUCUCCAUCGUUUCAGGGAGUUUGAUGGCGGUGAACGUGGGUCUGUUAGGGGCGAGCCGCUUGUGAAGAGGAAUAUUAGUUCCGAUCCGCCGUUUGGUGGUCCUUUUGUGCCUGCUGCUUUUCAUAUGGGUCAUCAUGGCUUCUUUAGUCCAGCUGGCAUUGGCGGUUUCUUGAAAGACCCGUCAACUGCUGGACCUUCUGGACCUGCAAUUGCUACUUUCGAGCCAUACGAGCAGUGUAAGGAGUAA